UCAUAUGCUAAGCCCGACAGUUCUGUGAACACCCGUGUUUUUUCCUGUUUUCAUAUGGAAUAUAUAUAUAUUCAUAUAGUGAGCAAACAAUUAUAAAUUCAUACUAAUUGUGAGUUAUAAACUCAACGACCAUUGCAGUUGUAGAAAUCGCUCGUGCUGGUCAGUAAAUAAAAUCAAGAUUUGAUGAAAGAAGAGAAAGAGAAAGAGAACAUGAUGCAGAAAUUGUAAAAGACAAAAAAUCACACACAAAGGAUCGAUAUGUAUACUUACGUAAAAGCAGUUAUCGUAAAAAGUAACCAAAUGGGACACACAUUUGAUUAGACACUUACAAAAAGAUAAAAGAAGUUUAACGGUGCGAAGAGUUAUUGCGGUGUGAGUUCAAUUGGCUCGAAAGAGAGAAACGAAACCAAUUUAUAAUGGAUGGUACAGCACAGAUCGAGAAAAAGAAAAAUCCGAGAGAAAGUGCAAAUCCUCUUAGUGCUCUAACAUAUUCAUGGAUUCUCAAGACCUUUUGGGUUGGCUAUCGAAGAGAUCUCGAAAUCGAAGAUCUCACGCGACCUCUGAAGGAACAUAAGAGCAGCAUUCUCGGUGAAAAAAUAAGCACCGCUUGGGAAACUGAACUACAGAAAAUAGAAAAAACUGAAACCAGUCGAUCAAACCAAAAUGUUACCAGCGAAUAUACGGAAGGAGGAAAAGCUAGUGUAAAUUCCAAAAAACGACAACCCAGCUUAAUGAGAGUGUUAAUUAAAGUUUUCGGUCUCAAAAUCAUACUCUACGGCAUUGCACUGGCCAUUAUGGAAAUUCUUCUCAGGGUUUUGCAGCCAUUAUUUUUGGGACGUUUAUUACAAUAUUAUUCCGGAGAGAAUCCAUCAUCGUUGGACGCUUAUCUGUUUGCGGGCGGCGUUGUAUUGUGUUCGGCGGUAAAUAUUUUCGUCAUGCAUCCGUAUAUGAUGGCAAUACUGCAUAUGGGAAUGAAAAUGCGGGUUGCUUGCUGCUCGUUGAUAUAUCGAAAAGCAUUGAAGCUUUCGAAAACGGCGUUGGGCGAGACAACGAUUGGACAAGCAGUGAAUCUUUUGUCGAACGAUGUCAACCGCUUCGAUGUUUCACUUAUCUUCUUUCAUUACCUUUGGAUUGGGCCACUCGAGACAAUUGUUUUGACAUACUUUAUGUACCAAGAAGUUGGACUCGCCGCCGUAAUUGGCGUUGCGUCACUCCUAAUGUUCAUACCACUUCAAGGAUUUCUUGGUCAACGAUCUUCCGUCCUGAGAUUAAGAACUGCCAUAAGAACUGACGAGAGAGUGCGACUUACCAAUGAGAUAAUAACAGGCAUACAAGCCAUUAAAAUGUAUACGUGGGAAUACCCCUUUAGUAAUUUAAUUGACAGAGCUCGAAGGCGCGAGAUAAGCGUUAUAAAAUCGACAUCGUACAUCCGUGGAGUGAUCAUGUCCUUCAUGAUUUACACUACGAGGUUAUCCCUUUUCAUCACCAUACUCGUUUAUGUUUUACGAGAUAAAAACAUAACCGCCGAAAAAGUUUUUAUAUUGACGGCUUAUUACAAUAAUUUAAGACAGACGAUGACUAUAUUUUUUCCGCAAGGAGCAACACAAGUGGCCGAAUUAUUCGUGUCAAUCAAGCGGUUACAAAGUUUUAUGAUGUAUGAAGAAAUUGAUAAUAUCAAUAAGAAUGGAAAGGAAAGCUUGGGGUCUCUUAUCCCUGUUGUGAAUGAGAAAAAACAAGAAACGGAAGACAAGGAUGAGCCCUCGGGAAGUCGUCACAAAGGCACUGGUGGCGGUGGUUCUAUCAUUCUUGAUGGUUGUUACGCCAAGUGGUUAAGCUCCGAUCGUGAGGAUACCUUGCGAGCAAUCAAUUUGAAAGUUAAUCCAGGCCAGUUGGUUGCUGUUGUGGGACAAGUUGGAUCUGGAAAAUCCAGCUUGCUGAAUGUAAUUUUAAAAGAAUUGCCUGUACAUUCAGGCAGUAUAGAGGUGAACGGCCAUAUCGCGUACGCGAGUCAAGAGGCUUGGCUUUUUGCUGGUUCAGUGCGGCAAAAUAUACUGUUUGGACGAAAAAUGGAACAGCGUCGUUACGAUCAAGUCGUACGUGUUUGUCAGCUUAAACGAGAUUUUAAUCUUUUACCAUACGGUGAUAGAACAAUAGUGGGAGAACGAGGGAUUAGUUUGUCUGGUGGUCAACGGGCAAGAAUAAACUUAGCGAGAGCAGUAUACGCUGAUGCUCCAAUAUAUUUAUUUGACGACCCUUUGAGUGCUGUUGAUGCCCACGUUGGCAAGCAUAUGUUCGAAGAAUGUAUAGAGAAAUAUUUGAAAGGGAGAACCAGAAUUCUUGUAACCCAUCAGUUGCAAUUUAUCCGAAACGUCGAUUGGAUCGUCGUUCUGAAAGAUGGUGCUAUACAGACUCAAGGAACUUAUGAGCAGUUAGCGGAAAUGGAUGUCGAUUUUGGUCGGUUACUCGAGGUCCAAUCGAAUCAAGAUGAGAACUCGUCGACGCCACCGAGUCGGAGUGUUUCUCGUCAAACAAGUAUUAGUUCGCAAAGCUCGUCAAGGACCAAUGAAACUGCUGGCCAACAGAAUCAGCCCGUUGAAGUUGCCGAGAUGCGAACGAAGGGCAGUAUCGGCGGGCACAUCUAUUCGGCGUAUUUGCGAGCUGGUGGCAAUUGGUUCAUCGUGAUGCUUGUCUUUUUACUGUUUGUUGGAACCCAACUGGCAGCCAGUGGUGGUGAUUACUUUAUCGCUAAGUGGGUCAAUUGGGAAGAACGCGAACAUGAGAAUAAAUCUAUUGAAUCUGGGCUGGAAGCAGAUAAAUAUGUGAGGCCUUUAGACAGAGAUACUUGCAUUUACAUCUACAGUUCUCUGACUCUACUCACGGUAUUACUUACCCUCAUACGAUCGUUCUCCUUUUUCGGGAUAUGCAUGAAAGCAUCGAUAAGACUUCACGAUCGUAUGUUCCGCAGUAUCAGUCGCGCAACAAUGCGUUUCUUCAAUACAAACACUUCGGGUCGUGUGCUCAAUCGUUUCUCCAAAGACAUGGGUGCUAUAGACGAGUUGUUGCCUAUAGCGAUGAUCGAUUGCGUGCAAAUUGGUUUGACACUUUUGGGUAUUAUAGUCGUAGUUUCUAUUGCCAACCCUUGGCUCAUGAUACCAACCGUCUUGAUCGGACUGAUUUUUUACUUUUUGAGAGUCGUUUAUAUGGCCACGAGCAGGAGUGUCAAGCGUCUCGAAGGAAUAACACGAUCGCCCGUAUUUGCUCAUUUGAACGCAACGCUCCAAGGCCUAGCUACGAUCCGUUCAUUCGACGCUGGUGAAGUUUUGACUAAGGAAUUCGAUCAUCAUCAAGAUCUCCACUCGUCUGCUUGGUACAUAUUCAUCGUUUCAUCUCGUGCUUUCGGCUUUUGGCUCGACAUUUUUUGUCUAGUAUAUAUUGCUCUUGUGACCCUGAGUUUCCUUGUACUCGAUAACGGCGACGAUCCUACGUUGACACCAGGUGGAAAUGUUGGCCUCGCGAUAACUCAGAGCAUAGGAUUGACGGGAAUGUUCCAAUGGGGAAUGCGUCAAAGUGCCGAACUGGAAAAUCAAAUGACAUCAGUCGAGCGAGUACUCGAGUACAACGAUGUGCAGAAAGAACCGCCUCUUGACAGUACACCGGACAAGAAACCUAGAGAGACGUGGCCUGAGGAAGGGAAAGUUGAGUUCAAACGUGUUUAUUUACGUUACUCACCGCUCGAUCCACCAGUAUUGAAGGACCUCAAUUUCAUGAUCAGACCACGCGAGAAAAUUGGUAUCGUCGGUAGAACUGGGGCCGGAAAAUCCUCAUUGAUACAAGCCCUGUUUCGUCUCGCAGACAUCGAAGGCAAAAUCGAGAUCGACGGUGUCGAGACUGGUGAAAUCGGUCUUCACGACUUACGUUCAAAAAUCAGUAUCAUCCCACAAGAACCUUUCCUCUUUUCCGGUACGCUACGAUCUAAUCUCGAUCCCUUUGAAACGUACGAAGAUAAUUGCCUCUGGGAAGCAUUGGAAGAAGUUGAACUCAAAGAAAUGGGCCUCGAAACUCUCAUCAAUGAAGGCGGUAGCAAUUUGAGUGUUGGCCAACGACAAUUGGUCUGUCUGGCUCGUGCUAUCGUACGCAACAAUCCUGUAUUAGUACUCGACGAGGCAACCGCUAACGUUGAUCCUCGUACGGAUGAGCUUAUACAGAAGACGAUAAGACGGAAAUUUGAAGACCGUACGGUUCUUACGAUAGCGCAUCGACUUAAUACGGUGAUGGAUAGCGAUCGGAUACUUGUUAUGGAUGCCGGUUCUGUUGUGGAAUUCGAUCACCCUCACGUCCUUUUACAGAACGAUGAAUCAGGAUUCCUGUACAGCAUGGUUAAUGAAACCGGAAAACUGAUGGCGGAAGCAUUGAUCAGAAUAGCGAAAGAAAAUUAUUUGCAGCGACACGGUAUGACGCCUGUACCGAUGCACGAAGAGCACAAGAAAGAAAAACGAUAAAUAUCGUUGUAACAUAGAUCGAUGGGAAUUCAUUUAGUUAUAAUGCGUUCUGACUGGUCCAAUAGUAGGUUCAUAAUAUUGAAGUUUUUUUAUAUAUUUAUCAUUAUGAUUAUUAAUAUAGAUAAUUUUAAUUUUCGGCAGAAAAAAAGUUUAAUAUUAUUUUGACACAAUAAUAA